UCCGUCCCCAUUCUGGCAGCCCCUGGGUGCCGCGUCGGCCUGGGCGCGUCAAGCAUGGACGACCGUGACCUGGAGGAGUUCCGCCGGUGCUGGCAGGACGAGUUGGCGCAGUCGCAGGCGCUGAGGCGGCGGCGGCGACGGCUCGAGGCUGGCGAGCGGCGAUCGCCGCGGAGGCCCGAGGCGGGAGCGCGGAGCGAGCCGGCCUCGGGCUACCUGGGGCUGGCGCAGGGGCUGCUGGAGGGCGCGGGCCGAGCCCCAGCGCCCAGGCCCGGUCGGGGAUGCGACCGGAAGGAUGCGUCCAGCCGAUCGCGCUCACCCCCGGACCGCGACGCCGCCGAGCCCGAGCCGCUGGUGGAUCAGCUCAUCCGCGACCUGAACGAGAUGGAUGAUGUGCCCUUCUUUGAUGUCCAUCUGCCUUAUGAACUGGCCAUCAAUAUAUUCCAGUAUCUGAACAGAAGAGAGCUGGGGCUGUGUGCUCAGGUGAGCAAGACAUGGAAGGUGAUUGCCGAAGAUGAGGUGCUGUGGUACCGGCUGUGCCGACAGGAGGGGCACCUUCCCCACAGCAGAUUCUCCGAUUACACCUGCUGGAAGCUCAUCUUGCAAGAGUGCCUCGCCAAGGAACACACAUUAAGAGCCAACUGGAAGAAUCGCAAAGGGGCCGUGAGCGAGCUGGAGCAUGUUCCUGACGCUGUUUUGUGUGACGUGCGUUCUCACGAUGGUGUUGUCAUCGCUGGAUACACGUCAGGGGACGUGCGGGUGUGGGACACCCGCACCUGGGACUAUGUGGCCCCCUUCCUGGAGUCUGAGUCUGAGGAGGAGGAUCCUGGAAUGCAGCCAUAUGUCUCCUUUGUGAGGAUCAACAGCUCGCUGGCAGUGGCGGCUUACGAGGAUGGGAUUCUCAACAUUUGGGACCUGAGAACCGGGAGGUUCCCUAUCUUUCGCUUUGAGCAUGAUGCAAGAAUACAAGCCCUUGCACUGAGCCAGGAAAAGCCCAUUGUUGCCACAGCUUCUGCUUUUGACGUUGUGAUGCUGUACCCCAAUGAGGAGGGGCAUUGGCAUGUGGCCUCAGAAUUUGAAGUUCAGAAACUGGUUGACUACCUUGAAAUAGUUCCGAAUACUGGGAGGUACCCUGUGGCCAUAGCCACGGCCGGGGACCUGGUGUACCUGCUGAAGGCCGACGACUCAGCCAGAACCCUUCAUUAUGUCUAUGGCCAGCCUGCCACGUGUCUGGAUGUCUCAGCCAGCCAGGUUGCCUUUGGAGUGAAGAGUCUGGGAUGGGUGUAUGAAGGAAACAAGAUCCUGGUGUACAGCCUGGAAGCAGAGCGCUGCCUCUCAAAGUUGGGCAAUGCACUUGGAGACUUCACCUGUGUCAACAUCCGGGAUAGCCCUCCCAACCUCAUGGUCAGUGGCAACAUGGACAGGAGAGUGAGGAUCCAUGACCUCCGCAGCGACAAGGUCGCCCUGUCGCUGUCUGCCCAUCAGCUGGGGGUGUCCGCAGUCCAGAUGGACGACUGGAAGGUGGUCAGUGGAGGCGAGGAGGGGCUGGUGUCUGUGUGGGAUUACCGCACAAACCAGAAGCUGUGGGAGGUGCACUCCAGGCACCCUGUGCGCUAUCUCUCCUUCAAUAGCCACAGCCUCAUCACCGCCAACGUGCCCUACGAGAAGGUGCUGCGAAACUCCGACCUCGACAACUUUGCCUGUCACAGGAGGCACCGCGGCCUGAUCCACGCCUAUGAAUUUGCUGUGGACCAGCUGGCCUUUCAGAGCCCCCUUCCUGUCUGCCGCUUACCCCGUGACAUCAUGGCUGGAUACAGCUAUGACCUCGCACUGUCUUUCCCCCAUGACAGUAUUUAGGGUGUCACCUCAUGUAGACCGUGGAAAGGGCGGUUUUACAAAUAUUAGAGUUGGAGAGAGGCUCUGCAGCACAUGGUGGGAGUUUGGGGACAGUGUCCUGUGUGCCUGCGGCCACACAGCCCUGUUGCCCUGUACAGAGCCGAAUUCCAUUGCUGCCUUCCCCCUGCUCCUCCUCGGGCUUUGGUAGGACUGGCUGAUGACUCAGAAUUCACCUUUCCAGGGGUGGCUCCUCCCCCUCAGCCUGUGGCAGCAGUGAGUGAUUCCCUCCCUCGUUCCACAGGCCAGGGACACGGGGCCUUCACUCGCACUGUCUCCUGGGCGUGGUGCUGAGUGUGGAACCAGAGUCUCACACACAUAGGCAAGCAUCGGCCUCCAAGCUGCCUCCCCAGCUCAAAGUCCAGCCCCUCCUCAGGGGGUCACACAGUUGAUAAUUAUAGUGCCAUCUUACCUGUAGGAGCUGUCCUGUCCUGAACAUGUGCUAUGAAGGAGACAGCCACCCUUCCUGCAGAGGGAAAGGGACAUUGCACAGGGAUGGGGUUGGGGUCAGUCUUUCUUCCUGACAAACACAGCCGUAGCUCACCCACUCUGUCUUCAGAGUGUCGCGGGCAAAUCCACACACACUGGCCAGGAGACCCAGUCAGAGCUCCUCAGGCACCUAACACGCCUGCACAGAGGUCACCAGGUCUCAGGAGGCAGAGUCCCUCUUCCAGGGAACACCAGCUCAAAAAACAAGUGGGCUGGCAAACUCCACAUUGGGUCUGCUGAGAGAGCAAGAAAAAGGGAGAGGGGGGCACCAUGGGAUGGAUGGAGCCCAAGCUGGCAGCAACAAGGUGCUGGAAGGCCCGAGAGGGUGUGCACUGCCCUCACCCAGCCCUGGUGGCCUGCUCCUGUGUGCUGGGAUGGAGUCUGGUGGGUUUGUGGCAUGAUCUCAGAUCUUGACAUGGAGGCCUCUCCCUUGCAGAACCCUUCCACAGCACUUCAAAGUGCCCAGGGCAACUCACCUCCCUAUCGCUGGGCUGGCGCCCCCUGCUGGCCUGGUCUUGCUGUGUCCUCACUCAAGCUUUCCCAAUCCUGAGUUGUCCACUGGAGACAUUUCUGUCAGAGAAAUGGCUGUGCAGUCAGCUCCCUUCUGGGCUUCGCAGCCAUGAAAGGCCACUGAAGAGCAGAGGUGACUAGUUUCAAGCGGGCAUGCCCUCCUAGCCCCCAGUCCCCACCCCCUCCCCCCACAGAGCAUCUGUCCUCCCUGGCUCCUGGGGUUGCUGCCACUGCACCUGCUUCCAGGGUGGGGGACAGGCGGGCUCCCUUAGCUCCCUGUGCUGCCUCUGAAGCCAGAAGACAUUAGGACACAUCCCUGGGAGCCAGAGGUGGCCACACAUCUGUAGCUUGCCUUUUGCCUUAAGCGGCCACAUCUGCUCUGUUAUUAAAGGUUCUACACUGAC